UUCAAUUUGAUGCUUUAAACUUGUGAGGGGUAUGCUUUUAAACUUUCCAUUUGUUUGUUAAAUGUUUCGACUUCUUUUUAGGCUGUUAAAAGUUAAAUUGGAUAAAUUUGAUUUAUUGAACCAUUCCAUACUUUACACCCAGCUAUUCUAAUUCAAAUUAUGUUGGCAAAAAAAUGAAAUGAAAUGCUAUUUGUCUGCUUGUUUUGUUAUCAAAUUGGCAUUUGCAUUAACAUUGCUGAAUGCCAAUGUGAAUUAGAAAGGUUGUUACAACAUAAUUUAACACCUUUAAAUUCUUUAAAUUGUCAACAUUUAUUUUAAUUCACCAUUUUACUUUAAUUGUACUGCACUGUGAAAAGGCAGUUGUUGACUUUAUGUUAACAUAAAAGUACUAUAAAAAUAAACACCUAACUUUAAAAGGAAAACUAGUGAAAAAACUACCAUCUGUUUUUAUUAAUAAAAACAUUCUUUCAUGUCAUGUAAACAAAAAUUUUUUAUGUCCAAAUUUUGUCCCCAAAAAACAAUUGUAUUAAUGGUUGGCGAAUUAUCAAACAAAAGCCAUUGGUUUGUGCAUAUAUUUUGUAGAUUUGUGAUAUCACUAGGCAUACCUAGCUUAACAGGUUUUGUAAGACAAUGACUAAAGUUUUACAUGGAGUAAAGAAUUACAGUUUUUAACGCUCACUAAACAGAAUAUAAUACGGAGGAAAUUAAAACAAAGUACCAAGACAAACCAGUAUAAUAGAGUUUUCACUGUUGCAAAUGUAAAAUUGUUUUCCAACCUUUUGCAAGUGUAAAUGUUGCAAGGAAUCAAAAACUUGCACUGAAUUCAAAAACUUGCGUGGUACAUUGUUUGUGCAAUCCAACACAAAAACAUUUUUUUUACAUUUUGUUUAAACAAAGAGGUUUAAUUAACCACUAUAUUCUUUAACAUUGUAGCAAAAAUAAUUAACAAGAAUUUAAUAAUGUGAAAAAUAUGUAAAGAAAUAAUCCUCCAAAAUGAAAAAAAACUUUGAGACUGUUGUUUUCACCAAAUAAAUUUCAGUGUUUUUCUUACGUAUCAACAUUUCAUUGCGUAUAUUUAUUUGACUUUUUGUUUUUGGUGACCGUUGUACCACUUUGACCUUAAAUAUCUCAGAAACCAAUGCUCACAAAUAUAUAUUAAAAAUUUUAUUCACACUAUAAAGCAAAAUUUAAGCCCAAUUUCUUAUUAAUUAUUAGCUAUACUUUAAUGACUUUUAUUGCAUGUACAAAAGAUAAAAUGCUUAUGUUAGCAUUGUUUUCUUCUUUUAAUAAACAAUACUGUGUUCACAUUGCUAUUGUUUGGAUUAAAUUUACUCAAUGUUGACACAUUUUUUUUACAGUUUUUAAUUGUUAAUAAUAUUCAAUGUCAUUUUUAUUAUAUUAUUUUUAUUUGGUUUGUAAUAAUGAUAUUUUAUUUUACUUGCUCUUUAAAGCAAGAAGAACAAGCAUUUUCGCUUGAAAGAAUACCAAAGAAUUUAAUAAUAGUGAAACAAGGUGAUGAACAUACAAAACGAUUUUAGAUAGUAAUAACUAACACAAAUAUUUAAUGGUAUCCAAUAUUCUAGGUAGUUUGACAGGUGGAGUAGUAUGCUGUUUCAACGUAGUAGGGUAUUAUCAUCACUGUUACGUGGUUGUCAGCAGUUGCGUUGUUAUAGCUCAUCAAAGCGUUCUCUAAAAAAGUUUUACCUGACUGUCCAUCCUGAUGUCUUUCCCCAUGAUUCAAAUGAGAAGAAGGUAAAUGAGGAAUCACUUAAGAUAUUUCAUUCCUAUCUUAAUUCAUUGGAACGAAACAUCUCUGUACCAGACACUACAUUGACAUUUUACCAAGCAAGUAAUAAAGGAGAUUAUUCCAAAGUUAAACUGCUUCUAAGGGGAAAAUCAAGGGAAGAUGUUAUUCAAGAUGUCCUAACUGUUUUCAAUCUUCCGACUGACAUUAAAGUUGCCAAUCAAAAAUACAAUGUUCAAGAACAAGAGAUUAUUCAAAAUAAAUAUUUUGGCAGUCUUAUGUUUGGUAAUUUUAAAAAAGAUACCCAACAAACAUUAGAAUCAUGGCUCAGCAAAAACAAUAGAGUUGCUCAAAAUAAUCAAAUUGCCUCUGAAGCCAUCCGCAUAGUCAACAUUAAAAGGUUGCAAAAGCUUAAUAAAAUGUAUGGUGUGACAAAUAUGUUAGUAGAUACCACCACUUACUCAUAUGCCUUAGUUCGAAGUGUGCUGAAACAGCUGGAAGAUGUUUUAGGAAGAUAUUUUGAAAGCUUUACUGGUUUAAAAGGAAGAGUCAUGGUAUUUGGUGAUUUUUCUGGAUUGGAUCAAUGGGGUCGAUUUGUACUCAAUGUUUUUGAUGUGCCAGAAUCCUGGAAAGAAGCACUCUCUAGUAUAACCAGGACAACACACCUAUUGCAAAGCAUUGAAAGAGUUGAGAAGCAAUUAUCAGACUGCUGUUUUGGUGUAAAAUUUUCAAGAAUAAAAUCAGUGUCACCAUCAUAUCCUAUUAAGGCCUAUUGGUCUGGUUUAAAUAGUUUACUUAGAAAUAUCAAUACUAAAAGUAGUACAGAAAUGGAAAGGGUAUUUGACAGUGUGAUGGUUAUUCCUGAAUGGUAUGAUGAGUUUAUUAGCAUUUCAGAGGAAGGUUUUGUUAAGUUACCACAUCAGACAAGUCGAAAUAUGUUGUAUAUUUUUCUUGAAAACAAUGCAGAAAAUAUCCAGGUGAAACGAAGAAAUUACCUUCGGAAUUUAGGAAAGAAAAAUAAAGCCUUGCAGACAUGCAAAGGAGAACUUAAAUUGAAAUAUCUUAGUGACGACACAGCAAUAAAUACCAAGCAAGUGUUGCAAGCUUGUGAUAAACUUUGUGGUCUGAAGGACAACGUGGCAUUCAAAGGACUAGUUCUGAUUCUAAGUUCAUAUUAUAGUGUGUCUGUCGAUGGUUUUAUACGCAUCCCUUGGGAUUUUAUACCAUGAUAGCCAGAAUAAAGAAAAAUAAAUUGUAUAUAUUUCUAUAUAUUUGCUAUAUAUUUGAAUUUAUAUUUAUUUUACCCUCAUAUUUGUUAUUAUGCAUCUGUCAGCGUCAAUAUGUUUGCUUUAUCCGUUACUUUAUAAUUUUUUAGCUAUGUAUAUAAUAUUAGAUAUUAAUUUUAAAUUAAAAAUUAUAAAAUAAACAGAAUAAAACACACAUUUUAUUGAAAUUAUUUUACCAAACUUUUAACAACCUAUUUUUUACCUUCAGGAAUAUUUAGA